UCGAAAAGGUUAUAAACAGAAAAGAAGAAGGAAAAUAUGGCAAAGUCAUCGAGUUCGUCUCCUUUAAAAAAUGUAUGUGAAGAAAACAAAACCUCUCUGUGGAAAAUAAGGAAGAUCUUAACAGAGAAAAGCAAAGGUUCGUUGGAGUUUGAUAAUAACAACGAUAUUGAGAACCACAUUUUGAGAAAUUUGGGCAAGUCCAUUAUUAGUAGAGUGAAAAAAGAUGCUAUAAAGAUCAAGAUUGACGACUACGAUACGGGAAGCCAGCACGAUGUAAUCUUCGGGUACAAUCAUAAGUCUGAUGUCUAUUACAUUGGAGCAUUAUGGAGAUUGGACGAGCUUGCUGUUGGAGACGAGAUAGGAUUAUUUUAUGAUCCUAUUUCAACGAAUCUGUGCUUCUCUGUGUUGAAACAAGCAAAAAAUAAACCCUGA